AUGAUGAUGAUGCUUAAUACCUCAAAUAAUCGAAGCAUCUCUCCGAUGACACCUUCGCCUUCCAGAGAAAUCAGAGGCAUAAGACUGUUCCGAGCCAUCAGCAAGAGAAUUGCUCGACGUUCUCAUGAAGAUCUCAAUUCUGCAGACACUGACAGCAGAUCCUCCAGCUCUGACUCUUCCUCAUCAGCGAAAAAGGAGGAGCAUCUUUCUGCGGAUUCGGGCUUUAGAUCUGUUUCGCCGAACCACAUGUCCAGCAGUUCCAGCGAUGCAGGAAGCGAUACCCAGGUGAGGCCCCGACACCACCAUUCUACCUCAGCCGACAGCAUAAGAAAAGUGUUCCAAAAUCUAAAUUUGAACGCACGGUCGCAAAGUUGCAAUAACUCUAAAGAAGCUAAACGAAAAACCAGCAAGAAGUCAACCCCGAAGAGGAUACUACGAUCGCCCGUAACAUAUACAUACGUGAAGGGAUUGUCUGGAUUACCGACCCAAAGGAUUCCUAAACAUCAGGCAAGGAUGUAUAUGCACAACCCUUGUGGUUGCAGUAUGCAGUACAUGGCGGGCCUAAACCGGUAA